AUGAUGUAAGUUCUUUGGAGUGAAUUGCAAAAAAGGUGCCUGUUCAACUUACGUCUCUGUAAUAAGACUUGCAUUUUCCAAGUCUUAGGGCAGAGUAUUUCAUAUCAACGCUCAAUUCAACCUUACAUUCGGGCAGAGCUCUGGUUGCUUUGAUUAUUUUCCAUACCGAAAAUGUUACCAAAACUGAAGCCUUCCAUUUACAUAUACAGGUUUUGCAAAUUCUUAAAAGAUUUCUGGCUAGCAGAAUAUUAAAAAGUUGCGAAAUACAGUUAAACUUUAUACGAUUCAUAAGCAAAUGUUUCCUUCAAAGUUCAUUUAUUUCGUAGAACACCGAAUAUGCCGUAAUCUGCUUAAAAAAACACCUGCUUCUUGGCGUAUUGUGGACACCCUAUACGCAGUCUGCAAAUUAGUAUAAUAAAUGCUCCCGUUCUGGGCUUUUGUUUUAUUUUACAGUUAUGGAAUACCGCUGGCAACUAUAUACUGUCUAAUAAUAUUCGUUUUGGUCAAGAAACGGAAAGUUUUCCAUUCGCAGUUUUACAGACUGAUUAUAAUUUUUGGGAUUAAUGUAAGUCAGUUGGCGCUAUAGGUUACUGUAUUGCUGGCAAGAUUUAUUUAAUUUGAUCAUGACUAAAGGGUCAAUUCGCAUAUUUCUUUAUUUUCAGGACCUCAUUCAGUACGCGGACGCUCAAUUCUUCCUCCGCGGGCCCGUCAGCACGUUCUGGUACAACCAUGUGUUUUCAAAGAUUGAAGACGGGGUUACCUGGUAUCCUGUUUUCUUUCUCUUCUUGCGCGUAUCGCUUGAACUCGUAGCCCUGUUUGGAUCAAUUCUAAUGGCUUUUAGUCGGGCUACAUCAAUUCUCCUGCCCCUACAUCAUGAGCGAUUCUGGAGAACAUUUUCGAUUCCACUCAUUGUAACGUGUUAUACUUGCCCGUGUUUUCUGUACGGCUUUGUCUUGUUCAACAAGGCGGUGCUGCUGUGUGGAUACAAAGACGAUGAGAUUGUGGCGUGCUUCGUAAACUAUGACCAUACCUUCACUUAUCUUGGGGUAAGCAGAGAUUCGUUUCCAAAUUGCUUCAUUGUACCCUGCCAGGAGAAACGCUCGAAAGCGCAGGGUUUAAAAUUCCUUAAAGACAUCUUACGAGUGUUUGGAUCUGCAAAGAAAUCAAAAAUUUACUAAACUUUCUAUCAGCCUGCCGGAAAAAAUAGUGGCGCGUUGUCGCAGCAAAACGUUUCACCUCGUCGAAAAAAUAGCGCUCUAAAUUUCUAGCUGCUGCUAGCCGACGCACGUCAAGCUGGGGUAAGCUAAAUCCAUUCACGGUCCGGUGAAUGGAUUGGCGAUUCGCCAAGAAAGACGCAAAAAAUCUUUUUGUCGGGGAAGAAAUGGGGAGUUUUGGGGCGAGAGAAGAAGGCGCGCUUUUGCGCGCCUUUUUUCUGACUUCUCUGUCAAAUCAAGACGAAGUGUAAAAAACCGAUAGCGAAGAGUCUUUUCCGGUCAUCGGACUCCUCAGUUUGAAGUGAUACGCAACGCCAUGUUGGACGAUUCUAAGGCCGCAACUAUUUUCCCGACAGGCUGACAAUAAGGAUAACGCGUUCCUUCUGCAUCUUUUUCACCUCCGCCGUUUAAUUUCAGCUAUCAAUCAGCAAAAUAGUCAGAAUCCUCUACAUUCUUCUUCCCGUCGUCGCCGGCGCCUUCAAUGCCCUCGCUCUGGCCUUGCUUUUCGCUCGGAAAAGACCACUCACAAACAACCGACAAUGGCGGCGAGAGAUCCGCUUCACAAUCUUCUCCACGGUCCUGUUCAUCGACCAUCUUGGCUGCGGGAUUGCUGUGGCAAGUCGAGCGAAAUAUAACGAUUAUUUAUAUCCUAAUUUAGAACUUCUACACGGCAACGAUGAACUUAGAAGACGCCACUUUGUCUUCGUACAUGCUCGGCCUUUUAAUGCCGCUGAUUUACGAUUUCACAAUGCUGGUUACCGUCGCUUCUUUGCUGUUGCCUUCAAGAGCAUUAAGGGCGGAAAUCGUGGAAAUCUUCAGGAAAACAUCAGCAACAAGCAGAGAGUACACAUCAUCGGUGACGAAGGUUCAGCAUGUCAAUGGAAUCCCGUUCAUCAGAAGAAUGUCCAGCAGAAUGUCUUCUUUCUUGCAGGAGAGGAGUUGA